CCCAGAGUUUUUGCCUUUCUGGUAAUCUGUCUACCUUUUUCCCUUUCGCCCCAUGCCUUUUUUCUGCCUCACACAAUUUCUAUCCUCUGUUCCAGUGAACAAAAGAUUUGUAAGGUCACCAAAUACUAGAAAAAUGUUUCAGCAACUGAGGAAUUCACUGGUAUGGUAUCCUGCGCUGCUGGUGCCCACCUCUACUAAAAACAAAUCCAUUUAGCAUAUUGCUAUGGCCUAAUAAAUACUGAUAAAGUUUCCUUUCAAUAUUUUAUGCAUGUAAGAGGUCUCCUAUGGGGUGCUUCAAGUCAAAUUAGGUUCUGAGACAGUAAAUAAGGAUAAUGUUUUCUUUCAACAUUUUAUAUGCAUGUAAGAGGUCUCCUAUGGGGUGCUUCAAGUCAAAUCGGGUUCUGAGACAAUAAAUAAGGAUAAUGUUUUCUUUCAACAUUUUAUAUGCAUUUAAGAGGUCUCCUAUGGGGCUUCAUGUUAAAUUAAGUUUUGAGAAUGCAUGAUGGUGACACCACAGAAGCUGGUGGAACGGCUCAGAUCGCAUCGAGGAAGAUAUAUUGCACUUCACUUAAGAUAUGAGAAAGACAUGCUUGCUUUUACUGGCUGUACUUAUGGUUUGACUGAUUCAGAAUCUGAAGAGUUGAGAAUAAUGAGGAAGAACACAAACCAUUGGAAGGUUAAGCAGAUAAACUCUACAGAACAGAGGAGGGGGGGCUUCUGUCCUCUAACUCCUAAGGAGGCAGCAAUAUUUCUUCAAGCUCUUGGUUAUCCUCCAUCUACACUAAUUUAUAUUGCAGCAGGUGAUAUCUAUGGUGGUGAUGCUCACCUUUUAGAGCUCAUGUCCCGUUUCCCAAAUUUAGUAUUGAAGGUUGAUCAGUUUGUUUAUGGCUCAAUGGGAGUGUCAAAAUAUUCUAAUGUUCUGAAAUCUACCACAAGGUGUCUUCUUAGUUGAUUUCUUAUUGAUGACAGGAAAAGCUGGCAACAGAGGAAGAGUUGAAACCAGUUGCCAAUCAUGCAUCUAAAACUGCAGCACUGGAUUACAUCAUUUCUAUAGAAAGUGACGUGUUCAUUCCAUCAUAUUCAGGUAAUAUGGCAAGAGCUGUUGAGGGGCACCGCAGAUUUUUAGGCCACCGCAAGACAAUCAACCCAGACAGGAAAGGUCUCGUCCAACUUUUUGAUGAUUUAGAAAGUGGACAACUAAGUGAAGGACCUUCAUUUUCUUAUCUCGUGCAGCAGAUGCACAACAACAGACAAGGAGCACCAAAAAGAAGAAAAUGUUCUUCUCCAGGAAUUAAAGGGAAAGCACGUUUCAGAACUGAAGAAUCAUUUUACGAAAACCCAUACCCAGAGUGUAUAUGCAAUUCGACGGCAGUAUAAAAUGGGCAUAAAGCAGUACUUCACUGUGCAAUUUAUUGAAUGCAGAGCCUCUUGAAAGAGGAAUGCCCUGGUGUUUGGUUUAUUCAGCCAAGCUAAAGUUCCAGAUUUGAAUAGCAGUAAACUGCUGCAGAACUCGUCCUACUUUUUUGUGGCUAGGUGUUACUCCUCUUCGGAUUCUGACUUUUGCAAUUGAAAAUGUUCUCUUCCCUUCCCCAGUAAAAUAAUUAAUUGAGGUCUGCCCCUCAAUGGAUUUAUAUUCUUUGGCGGGUAAAUGAUUUAUUAUCAGUUGACCCCAAAAAAAAAAUUCUACUGAUACAUUAGAGGGAAGUUUUUCCCCUUUUUUUUCUCUUAAUCGAUCAAAUUAGAUUUAUGACAACAAUAUUAACAAUAAAAUAGUUCAUUUCAU